UCAAAUAUUGAGGCAGUUUGACUUAUAAAAAGCUAUUACACGUCAAUAAACAUUUUAAUUACUUUCUUCAAAUCCAAUCUAAAACCUGAAAUAGUCAAAAUUGUUAUUAAAAUAAAAUGGUCCGAUCUCUUUUAACUCUCACUUGCCUGUUGGUGAUUCCGGCUGUUAUUGUCUUAGCUGCUGAUGAACCCGUUACCGAGCCAAUUCCUCUGUUACUUUGGGCUUCCUCUGAUCCAGCUGAAGACAAAGAAGUCAGUAAAAUAAAUCCAGUCAAAUUUUUCAACUUUCUUGAAGACAAUCGAGAGCAAUUUGCAAACAAAUCAGGCGAUAUUAUUGGCUUAGGCCUUUUCCUAUCAACUCAUGGUCAAGAAUCUGGUACUGAAGGAACUCUCUGGCCCGCUGUUUUGGCCAAAAUUGCCUUCAAGAAAGCAACCGGUAUUACUGAAGAAAAAGAACACGGUCUUCCUUCCCUAGUUGCCUGGGCCAUGAGAAAUACUGGACCAGGAACCAGUAAUCCAUCCAUUGAUAGAAAGACUUUGGUUGAAUUCAUUUUUUACCAUAAAACUGGUAUUUUAAAGCUUUUAACUGCAGGUGAUGUUGAUGGUCUAGUUGCUUAUUUUGAUGGAACCAAAUCAGAGUCUGGAACCAAGAAACUUGACUGGAAAUCCAUUGUAACUGACCUUAAAGACAAUCGUCAACUUUUCAAAUACGCCUGUGGAUUCCUUGGUCUUCAAUUGUGUGACAGAACCAAAGCAUUAUAAUAUCUUCGGCCAUUUCUUUUUUUAUCGACUUAAAUAUUUUAUAUUCAACACUCUUCAAGGUUUACAAGACUGUCAGUCAAUGUUAAAUAAUAAAAGUCAAUGAUUCAAUAAAUAUCAAUUCUCUGA